GUGAAAAUCUAGUGAAGAGUCAGACAGGGCAUUAUGAAGAGAACCGAGUGACACCCUGCCUACAGAGAGCAAUACAGAACUAUAUUUCAUCAAGUUAUAUGAAUAGAGAAAAUGUAAGGAUCAUGACAAAGUCUACAGAACUAAAAAUGCAUCCAGAAUCCGGAGCGCCUGGCCAGGAAGAUGGCACUGAGCAUGGGAGUGUGCCAGAGGAAUCCGAAGAGUCUUCAGGGGACUGUAGAAAUGGAGAGGGCGUGCUGAUGAACAACGCAGAGAUUAAACCUAAGGAAAAAUCGACAGAUCCUUCUUCAGAAAAAUGGUACCAAAGUGAGCAGAAGCAGAGUGGUGAUCAGAACUCAAAAACUCACUCCCCAAGCCAAAAAGCUAAUGAAAAAGACAAUUGUCAUAGAAUGACUAAAAGCUUCCUUAGAAAACUUUGCAAGGACCAAAAAUUGUAUAUGACUCCAGCAUUAAAUGACACGCUUUAUUUACACUUCAAAGGUUUUGACUGCAUUGAGAACCUGGAAGAGUAUACAGGAUUACGGUGUCUUUGGCUGGAAUGUAAUGGGAUACAGAAAAUUGAGAACCUGCAGGCGCAGACAGAAUUGCGUUGCCUCUACUUGCAAUUAAAUUUAAUUCAUAAAAUUGAGAACCUUGAACCCUUGAAAAAACUGGAUUCCCUCAACCUCAGUAAUAACUAUAUCAAGACCAUUGAGAACCUGUCUUGCCUCCCAGUUCUAAACACACUACAGAUUGCUAACAAUCACCUAGAGACCGUGGAAGACAUUCAGCACCUAAAGGACUGCCUAAGUAUUUGUGUUCUUGACCUUUCCAACAACAGGCUGAGUGAUCCGGAUAUCCUCUGUGUCCUGGAAGCCAUGCCUGAUUUGCGUGUACUGAAUUUGAUGGGAAACACAGUGAUUAAAAAAAUUCUGCACUACAGAAGAACUGUUACCAUUCGACUCAAAGUCUUAACCUACCUGGAUGAUAGGCCAGUUUUUCCAAAGGACAGAGCGUGUGCAGAAGCCUGGGCUAGGGGAGGGAGUGAAGCUGAGAAGGAAGAAAGGAGGAAAUGGGAAACCAAAGAACGGAAAAAGAUUGAGGAGAGCAUUGAUGCGUUGGCCAUGAUCAGGCGAAGAGCUACGGAGAAAAAGAAACAAAAAGAAAUGGAGGAAAAAGGAGAAAUUCCACCACCAAACAACAGUGUGAGUGCUGAUCCAGACACAGAGGGAGGUCCGCAGCCCACUGCUGAGGAAGCCACGAGGCAGAAGAUAGAGAAGUUUGUCCAAGAGAGUUUUGAGGCCCAGGAUGAAGCCUUUUCCGAAGACUCUAGUGUGGAAAGUGAGGCACCUACUGAAGCUCAAGGAGAAAGCCAGGAGAAGGGCUCAGACCCAGACUUUCCAGCGAAAGACACAAAGCGCCCAGACCCCGGAGCUGCGCAGGAAGAAUCAACAUUAAAAGCUCUGACUGCAGAAAAGGCAGAAGUGGACGGAGCUGAGGAAUUAGAAACCUUUGAAUUGGAGGCAAACGACAAGCUCUUCAUUGAUGAUCUGCCUGAUUUAGAAGAUAUAGAAGUUAAUGAGACCUUUCCAGAAAAUUCAGAUGAAAACAAAGCUUCUUUUCCAAAAAUUGAAAUAAUUUCUGGAGCAAGUGAUGACAGUGAUCCCGAGCUGGAGGAAGGCUGCACAGUACAGGAGGAAAUGUCCGCAGAUGCACUUUCUAAUAUAUUUAAAAUUUCUAAAGACACCUCAAAAAAGGCCAUCACACCCCUUACAGAAAUAGUGAAAGCAGAAUCAAACAGGGAGUUGGAGACCAAAAAUGACCACACGCAGCUAGCAGAACCAUUGAUUCAAGAGGUCGGUAAAAAUCCACCGGAGGAGUCGCUGGUGUCCCCAGCCUGCAGUGAAGAAAACCGCGACACUCUUUCUGGUGUAGACCAGAACGAUGCUCGGGCUUCACCCUCCUUGUCAGGAAGUGAUGCUUCAAAAAAGAAGGUGCAGUUUUUGACAGAGACUGAAAAUUUCAUUAUGCAUGGAAUCAAGGAAGGCAAUGAAGACAUUGAAUUUGGGCUAGAUUAAAUAUCAGAGAUGGACAGUGUGGGACAGGUAGCAUUUAUAUUCCCACAGGUGUAUAUGCACACCAGUUUUAAGGUGUGCUGAUUAUUUGGCAUUGCCCCACCAUCCAGAGGGUCCUAUUUCCAGAUCGGUAGCAGAGGGUGGGGAAAAAAGAUGGGGCACUCUUAUUGUUAAGGGAGAGCACCAGGGCUUGUCCUCUGACAAGUACCUGUAGGUGAUAACUAAAGCUGAAUUGAUCUGUCUAUUUAGAAUGUUGACUUAUUCUUUUAGCUUUUGUAGAGGAUGUGAAACAGUAUUCCUCAAAUUCAUAGUGUGUGAUUUUAUUUUUUUCUGUUUAGCUUUGGUUUACCAUAUUGUUUAACUAUAUGUUUUC